AUGAGGAUCUCAUCCUCCCAAAACAGCUUUACCCUCUUGUGUAGAGACAAAGGCCAGAUCGUGCAGACGAACUACCAGAAGUCGUUCUGCCCCGUGAGCGAUGCGAAGGGGACAGGGACAAACUGCAACACCGACUGCACGACUACUCUCCCAGGCUACAAAAGAGGCUGGUGGACUGGUGACCGGAAAAAGGGUUUCACGUUCACGGUUCCGAAGGACGACUUUCCGCAGAACGAGGCGAAUUUCAUGGUUGAGUGUCAGAAGGGAUCCACGCGUCUUCUGCUCUUGAUUGGAGGCGCAGGAUUGGUGGCUUCUGCAUUGGGCUCUGUCCUGAGCGUGUGA